GCUGCUUCCAUCGUAGGUUAGGAAACCGUCAGAGCUCUCUCUCCCGUUAUUGAGCGUGUGUGUCCUCCCUUUGCAACUUGCAACAUAUCUCCACGGUAAAUAUUGUGACUUUGUGAGCACUUUGACUUGACAGCUUACGUCACGAGUAAAUUGCUUUGGUUGCAAAUUCCCACUUUACCUUGCUUUGGUAGUUAGGUACAGGGCAGCGCACUCGGCUAACGCAAGGCCUCAGCGUCAGGCGUGUUUUUUGGGGACAACAUAUUGUUAAACAUCUUCAAAUGCGCAUGUUAGAGCCUGGCUUGAGGAUCGCGACCGAAGGCAAUUAAUUUGCUUUCAGCAAUACCACUGAUGGACAACGGCGCCUUCCAUAUCCUGGGCGCUUGGGCUUCUCUGCACUCACACGUAUUUGCAAGAGCCCAGCAGCCCCGGGGGCAACCUCAGCGAGUAUUCGCCAAGGCAGCUGUCGAGGCACCUCCACAGCCAGCUCCGUCGAAGCCGCAACCAGUCAUCCACAAUUCAAAGGCGGCUUGUAUGCGGGGCUGCGCCCCAAUCUUUCCACCAACCGACGCAUCGAAGGGAACCAUCGACUGGACGCGAUGCGUAAAUAAGGCCGCCAGCAACGGCAGUAGCGACGAGGCAGAAGUGCGGAGCUUGCAACCUGUCAAGCCUGCAAAGCAUGCUUAUGUAAGUACUCCGCAGCUGGUUGGCACGCAGCAGGGAGUGCCUCCCGAGCUGCCGACAGUUGCGGAGGUGCUCCGGACGGCCAAAACCUUCCUCCAGCCCACGCAUGCUGUGGAGCGGCAGUUCUAUGCGGAUUGCUACCGCGCCUGCCAGGCCAUGCCUAGCGCCGCCGCCGCCGCAGCAGCGGCAGUCAGCAAUGAGGGGCCGCCGCAGCUGCCGUACCUGAGUUCCGUACCCGAGGUGGCUCUCCGCCUCAGCUGCCUGGGCCACCGAGUGGUGGUGCGCAGGGUGGUUGACUCGCGGCAGUACUGGUCAAAGUCCAUGACUAAUACCUUUUGUUACUCCGUACUGCCCGGUACGGGAAUCGGUUACGUGCUGGAUCCAGGAUUCAAGGAGCACUUCCGGGCUGGAUGCAUGUCGGACAGGUUUAGGGACAUCUGGGAGUGCCUGCCGCCGCUGUUCGUGGGGCCGCCCGCGCGGCUGGUGCAGCUGGUGCAGAUGCUGUGCGCGGAGCUGCAGGCCUCCUUCGAGGCGGCGGACCGCCAGCUGCCGCCCUGGCGCACCUUCGCGGCAACCAUCAACCGCUGGAUGUCCCCCGUGUUCCGGGACCUACCCGUGCCGCAGCGACGCAGCAGCGGUGGUGGUAACGGUCAUCACCGUAGCUGCACUGCAGCCGCAGGUGUGGCUGCGGCGGCUGCCGUGAUGUCAACGCCGUCAAGUGCGUGCUGCUCCUCGUCGUCGUCGUCCUCAUCCUCGGUGCAAACCUCGCCGUCGGGCAGCCAUGCAACCAGUAGCAGUGGCAGCACCAGCGGCAGCAAUGGUAGUGCAAGCGGUGGUGGUAGCAGUAGCGCCAGUGCAAGCGGCGGCGACAGUAGCAGCAGUUCAAGCAGUAGCGGCGGCGGUAGCGGCGUCGUGGGUGUUAUUCCGGCGGCUGAAGCGCAGGCGUUCCUGCGUGCAUGUGAGGAGCUGGUAGCGGGCACUGCCAGCGCUAAGCCGAAAGGCGCGGCUGCGGCCACAGGGGCCACUGCUGCUUCGACUGUAACGGCUGCAGCUGCUACUGUUCCAACAGCGUCUCAGCCUACAUUUGCUGCUGCCACUGCUGCUUGUGCUGCUGUCGCAACGGUUUCCACCGCAGGGGCUUCACCUGGGCCAGCAAUCCCAGCAGCGCCUUCUCAUGUAGGCGCACCUACAGUGUCCACAGCCGUUGAACACAUGGUUCAAUGCCCAGGACCGUCCGGACUGGUUCCUGCUCGCACGAGGGGCAUGCAUGUCGCUCAUGUAACACCGCAACUGCUGGUGCUGCGCCAACCCGGACUGCGGCCCUUGCAACCACCGCACCAGCUCCACAACCACCACCAGGACUCCUCUCAUGACGGCGCCCGCGGCCCGCAUGGCCGCAACCCCCAUGAGGGCGGCGGAGUGCAGGCUCAGCGUGGACCCUCCGGCGCUGCUGGUGGGGGUGGGGUUGGAGCACCGCUUGCAGCUACGGGGCAGCGGCCGCGGCCAGUGCCAGCGCGCACGUUCAUAGGAUUCCAGCCCUUACCCGCAAAGACAGCAGGCGCAGCAGCGGUAGAAGGAAGUGUGACGGGGCCAGCACAUCCGUUCGGCGCGUCAGGAAUGGCAUGGGGCUGCAUGGCUGACGUGAAGGCAACAGUUCCUGCGCAGGCUGCAGAAGAUCAACCUGCGGAUGCUGGUUCAGAAUGCGAUUCACAGCAUUGGAGGACGGAGGAUAUAGGGUGCAGUAACCUGCAGCAAGUGUCUUCAGGCGCAUCCUGCACGACACGGCGACCCGUGGGCCUGCUCUCCCAGUCGUUGCGUCCUCAUAUGCCGUUAAUGUUACAACAGCCUUAGGCUUAGAUCAAGCAUGAGGAGCUCGAGCCUUAGCAGGCGGCCGGCUUAGGUCAUUAAGCGAGCGAGAAGGACGGGAGGGUUGCUGUUUUCCCCGUCCUCUGCCGCUCUAUGAACGUUCUUUCCUUCACUGCCAAAGGCUAUUUGCACACUGCCAAAGGGACUUUGUCAUCUGCCGGACCCGUGGGUUGGGGCUAUGGGGUUUUGACCAUUCUGAAACUGACUACAACUGUUUGUUAAGAGGGGUCGACUGCGCUUAGGAACGCGUGAAUGGCACGUGCCGCGUCUCACCCCGUGUAUGUGGAUUAACGGUAUCGGUAUCAUCCACGGUUGCAUGGCGACUCCAUUACCCCUGGUGGUCUUAAAGGUAGCUCAGCCCCCCAACGCGCGUUUCCAUUUGGUUCCCCUCUUAUCGUCAUAUAGCACCUAAAGAGUUCCUGAAAUGCCUUGCGAUUUUGCAUCAGCUGUUUUGUCCCUGACGCCCACGCAUACACUGCGGUGCCUUAUCGAAGGUUGUAGUUGCGUCCGGCACGAAUAUGGUAGAGCUGAGGAGUGUUGUUGAUGUGCAGGUUAGCAGCAGAUAAUGGAUACGCCCUCUCCUAAUUCUGUUUAACUCCUAGCAGCUGUGUAUCCUCUGCAGUAUGCGGGUUCGUUUAUUGGCGUGGUGGGCCUGGAGCAGCUCGAGUGGGUGAAUGUGUUUUUGAAGGCAGCUUGUACGGCAUGAAGGAGUCUCCACGUUGCAACGUGGGCUCUCUGCAGCGGGGUGAAACGCGCAAGGAGGUGGGAACGGAAGUCUGCUUCUCUUGUUUGGCUGGUGCGGCCGAAACGUGGGCUUACCUGCUGACAUGCAAUGUGUCUAUAUUGCUGCGCGGUUGUCAACGUCCUUACGUUCGUACGAAUGAAAGCAAAUCGAAGAAGAUGCCGGUGAUGCAAGGUGAAGGAAACGAUAUCCGACCGUUGGGUGAGUUCUUAGAUAGCAGCAGAGUAGGUGCCAUGGCUUGGUGCAGCUUUGUAUAGAUCCGAG